GGCCCGCCCGGCCUCUCGCUGCGGCGGGGAGCAUGGCGGCCCCGGCGGGCGUGCUGGAGGACGCGGAGCUACGAGAGGCGCAGCGCGACUACCUGGAUUUCCUGGACGAUGAGGAAGAUCAAGGGAUUUACCACAGCAAAGUCCGGGACAUGAUCAGUGACAACCAGUACCGCCUCCUUGUCAACAUCAACGACCUGCGAAGGAAAAACGAGAAGAGAGCCAACCGGCUUUUGAGCAAUGCCUUUGAGGAGCUGAUCGCCUUCCAGCGCGCUCUGAAGGAUUUUGUCGCCUCUGUUGAUGCCACCUAUGCAAAGCAAUAUGAGGACUUUUACGUUGGGCUUGAGGGCAGCUUUGGUUCCAAGCACGUGUCGCCCCGGACACUGACUGCCUGUUUCCUUAGCUGCAUCGUCUGUGUGGAGGGCAUCGUGACUAAGUGUUCUCUGGUUCGUCCAAAGAUUGUCCGGAGUGUCCAUUAUUGCCCAGCUACUAAGAAAACUAUUGAGCGUCGAUAUACAGAUAUGACGUCUCUGGAUGCUUUCCCAUCCAGCUCUGUCUACCCUACAAAGGAUGAAGAGAAUAACCCCUUGGAGACAGAGUUUGGCCUCUCAGUCUACAAGGAUCAUCAGACCAUCACCAUCCAGGAGAUGCCAGAGAAGGCACCAGCAGGGCAGCUGCCACGCUCUGUGGAUGUCAUUCUAGAUGACGACCUAGUGGACAAAGUGAAGCCUGGGGACCGCAUCCAGGUGGUUGGGACAUACCGCUGCCUGCCAGGAAAGAAAGGGGGUUAUACUUCAGGGACAUUCAGGACUAUCCUCAUUGCCUGUCAUGUAAAACAGAUGAGCAAGGACAUUCGGCCUCUCUACUCUGCUGCUGAUGUGGCCAAGAUCAAGAGAUUCAGCAAGAGUCGCUCCAAGGAUAUCUUUGACCAGCUGGCGAAAUCCCUGGCUCCCAGUAUCCAUGGGCAUGAGUACAUCAAGAAGGCCCUCCUCUGCAUGUUACUUGGAGGGGUGGAAAAAGUCCUAGAGAAUGGGAGCCGCAUCCGAGGAGACAUCAACAUCUUGCUGAUAGGAGACCCUUCAGUUGCCAAAUCUCAACUGCUGCGGUAUGUGCUCUGUACUGCACCCCGGGCCAUCCCCACCACCGGCAGGGGCUCCUCUGGUGUAGGUCUGACUGCUGCUGUCACCACAGACCAAGAAACUGGUGAACGGCGCCUGGAAGCAGGGGCUAUGGUCUUGGCUGACCGGGGCGUGGUGUGUAUUGACGAAUUCGACAAGAUGUCCGACAUCGACCGUACGGCCAUACACGAGGUGAUGGAGCAGGGCCGCGUCACCAUCGCCAAAGCUGGCAUCCAUGCGCGGCUCAACUCCCGCUGCAGCGUCCUGGCUGCGGCUAAUCCAGUCUACGGCCGGUACGACCAGUACAAGACGCCCAUGGAGAACAUUGGCCUGCAGGACUCCUUGCUGUCCCGCUUUGACCUGCUCUUCAUUGUCCUGGACCAGAUGGACCCUGAGCAAGACAGGGAGAUCUCGGACCAUGUCCUGCGAAUGCACCGCUACCGCAACCCCAAUGAGCAGGAUGGGGAUGCCAUGCCCCUGGGCAGCGCUGUGGAAAUCCUGGCAACGGAGGACCCUGACUUCGCACAGGAGGAGGAACAGGAGCUCCAAGUGUAUGAGAAACACGAUGACCUCCUGCAUGGGCCCAAUCGGCGGAAAGAGAAGAUCGUCAGCAUGGAGUUCAUGAGGAAAUAUAUCCAUGUAGCAAAGAUUAUUAAGCCCGUCUUGACUGAAGAGUCAGCAAACUACAUAGCUGAGGAAUACUCCCGCCUGCGCAGCCAGAACCAGAUGAACUCUGACAUCGCUAGGACCUCCCCAGUCACGGCCCGCACCCUGGAGACGCUGAUCCGCCUCUCCACGGCCCAUGCGAAGGCCAGGAUGAACAAGACAGUCGAUCUUCAGGAUGCGGAAGCGGCUGUGGAGCUGGUGCAAUUUGCCUACUUCAAAAAGGUGCUAGAGAAAGAGAAGAAGCGCAAAAAGCAGGCGGAUGAUGACUCGGAGACUGAAAAGGAGGAGGAGGAUCGGCAACCAGAGGAGGAGAGCAGGAAGAAAAGGAAGAAGGCACGCUCGGGAGAUGAAGGAGACUCGUAUGACCCUUAUGACUUCAGUGACGCAGAGGAGGAGAUGCCAGAGGUCCAGGCACAUACUCCCAAAACACCCGAACCUUUGGCUGCUGGUGAAGCAAAGAAGCCAGAGCUGUCUGACCCAAGGUUGAAAGCAUUCAAGGCUGCCCUCCUGGAGGUCUUCAGAGCUUCCCACGCCCAGUCCGUGGGCCUGAAGAGUGUGAUGGAGUCCAUCAACAAGGACAACCCUGAGCCCUUCUCUCCAGCUGAAGUGAAGGCAGCAUUAGCCCACAUGCAAGAUGACAACCAGAUCAUGGUGUCUGAUGACAUUAUCUUUUUAAUCUGAGCCUCUAGGCAGAAGAGCCCAAAUUCUCAUGGACUUCUCUAUCUGGAGACUCUUUGUAUUUGCCUUCAACCCUCUCAUGGAUGCCUUGUCUGGCUGAGCUGGA